GCCCUCUCUCAAAUUCUUAGUCCGGUGUUCUGCCCAGAGUCAGUCAAUUGACCCUCUUUGUUUGCCCCUUCCCACCCUUCGGCCGCUCUCCUCAGUCCUUUCCCAACGAGAGCAUUAGGUACGGAGACUGACCGCCUGCAGACGUCGUGUCUGAUUUGCCCCCUUCCUGCAGUGCCUUCCUCCACUGCAUCUCAGUCCAAACACAAAAUGCCCACCCCCUGGCAUCCAGCCGGCUUCCUGGGAGGGAGAGGGCGGUCUCCACAGGAUGGAGCAGAAUUUAUUGCCCUUCCCACAGUGGUCCGGGCCACCUUCUGAUUCGCGUCUCCUAACGGUGUGUACUGAUAUAAAAGGAAGAGCCAGAGAGAGAGAGAGCACACGAGCCAGAACCUAACAGGUGCCCAAACUUCUGCCAAAGCGGCUGAUGGGCAUCGGGACCUCUCCUCCCUGCCAAUCCCUCUGGCUGUUCAGGCCAGCGAUCGAAACCUCAGCCUCUUACGAAGCCGGCAGGCAUCCCCCGGUACAGGUAUGAGCUCCGUGCGGCUCGGCAACAGAACCGACGGCCGCUUCGGCGCCCAAGAAGAGCACGAGCUGGCCACCCUGGGCAGGAAUGCGUGGGACAAUCCCGCCUACAACGGCUCCCCCGCCUCCUCCCUGAAAAUCCACACCAUCUACAGCCCCACAUCCCUCCUGGAGAAUUCCUAUGGAGUACGUGGGGAGGAGCCCGGAUCAACAACCCCACCGCCGCCGUGCUUGGCGGAGAAGGAGAGCGUGAAGAAGCUUGGGCCCGGCUGCUGCCUUCACAUCUCCAGAAGGAUCAGAGGGCUCUGGGGGACUACCCUGACCGAGAACAUGGAGGAAAACCGAGAACUUUACAUAAAGACCACCCUGCGGGAGCUGCUGGUCUACAUUGUGUUCUUAGUGGACGUCUGUCUGUUGACCUACGGAAUGACAAGCUCCAACGCCUAUUACUACACCAAAGUGAUGUCUGAGCUUUUCUUACAAAGCUCUUCUGGCACCGGCGUCUCCUUCCAGAGGAUCAGCAGCAUGGCCGACUUCUGGGGGUACGCACAGGGCCCGUUGCUGGACAGCCUGUAUUGGACCAAGUGGUACAACGACCGGGCCCUGGACCACAGCCCCCAGUCCUUCAUCUACUAUGAGAACCUCCUCCUGGGGCUCCCGCGGCUGCGGCAGCUGAAGGUGAAGAACAACUCGUGCGUGGUGCACGACGACUUCAAGGAGGACAUCUCGGGCUGCUACGACGUGUACUCCCCGGACAAGGAGGAGAAGGAGCCUUUCGGACGCCUCAACGGCACCGCGUGGACUUACCACUCGGAGGACGAGCUGGGAGGCUCCUCCCACUGGGGCCGAAUCACCAGUUACAGUGGCGGCGGCUACUACCUGGACCUCGGGGAGACCCGGGAGGAGAGUGCCGAGGCGCUUCGGGUCCUCAAGGACCAGCUGUGGCUGGACCGGGGCACCCGCGUGGUCUUCGUCGACUUCGCCGUGUACAACGCCAACAUCAACCUGUUCUGUGUGCUGCGCCUGGUGGUGGAGUUCCCGGCCACGGGCGGCGCCGUCCCAUCCUGGCAGAUCCGCACGGUGAAGCUCAUCCGCUACACCGACGUGUGGGACUUCUUCGUCGUGGCCUGCGAGGUCGUCUUCUGCACCUUCAUCUUCUACUACGUGGUGGAGGAGGUUCUGGAGCUGCGCAUUCACCGGCUGCGCUACUUCUCCAGCGUCUGGAACAUCCUAGACCUGUUGGUCAUCCUGCUCUCCAUCGUGGCCGUGGGUUUCCACAUCUUCCGCACCGUCGAGGUGAAGCACCUCAUGGGGAAGCUGCUGAAGGAGCCCAGGGUCUAUGCCGACUUUGAGUUCCUGGCAUUCUGGCAGACCCAGAACAACAACAUGAACGCCGUCAACCUCUUCUUUGCCUGGAUCAAGAUAUUCAAGUACAUCAGCUUCAACAAGACCAUGACGCAGCUCUCUUCCACCUUGGCCCGCUGCGCUAAGGACAUCCUGGGGUUUGCUAUCAUGUUCUUCAUCGUCUUCUUCGCCUAUGCCCAGCUGGGCUACCUCCUCUUCGGGACGCAGGUGGAAAACUUCAGCACCUUCGUCAAGUGCAUCUUCACUCAGUUCCGGAUCAUCCUCGGUGACUUCGACUACAACGCUAUCGACAGCGCCAACCGGAUCCUGGGGCCCGUCUAUUUUGUCACCUACGUCUUCUUCGUCUUCUUCGUGCUGCUGAACAUGUUCCUGGCCAUCAUCAAUGAUACCUACUCGGAGGUCAAAGAGGAACUCUCCAGCCAGAAAGACGAGCUUCAGCUCUCGGAUAUCUUGAAGCAGGGCUACAAUAAGACGCUGCUGAAGCUGCGGCUGAAGAAGGAGCGGAUCUCAGAUGUCCAGAAAGCGCUGCAGAGCGGGUCCAAGGAGCUAGAGUUCGAGGACUUCAAAAACAGCCUGCGGGAGCUGGGCCACGCCGACCACGAGAUCACAGCCGCCUUCACCCGGUUCGACCGAGACGGCAACCGGGUCCUGGACGAGGAGGAACAGAAGAGGAUGCAGUGCGACCUGGAGGAGAAGAGGGAGACACUGAGGGCCGAGAUUGAGAACCUGGACCGGUCCUACGGGGACCCUAAACUGGAGAUGGUGGGACCCGUGCUUAGUGACCAGCCCGGUCCAGCCAGCUGGGUGUCAGGAGAGGAGUUCCAAAAGCUUGCCAAACGUGUCCUGCAGCUGGAGAGUGCCCUGGUCGGGGUGGUGUCCCAGGUGGAGGCCGUAGGCACCAAGCUGGAAGUGCUGGAGAGGAGUUCCCUGAAGUGGGAGGAUCCGACAGGGCCCAACCCAAGUGCUUUCCCACCAGUAAUUUCAUUUUAUCUUCACACCGUUCCUGCCCGACAGGGAGAGGCGAGUAUUAUUAUCCCCCAUUUUACAGAUUAA